AUGGCAACGGAAAUCGUCGCCCUUUUGAUUCCGCUGGUCGUCCUUGCCAUCAUCGCUUGCUUCUCUGCACGCAAAGCACCAACCCCUCCCGCGAGAACUGAUGCCAAACCUCCCUCUAUUGCCAGUCUACUCACUUUCUUCGCCUUCAGCAUUUACGUGUUCAUGAUUGUGCGCCACCUUCGCGCAGAUGCAGACCGGGGCUCUCAGAAGAUCAUCCCGACCGAUCAAAAGCCGAUCCAAGAUGUGCACACCCAGUUUGCCGACAUAAUUCUUCACGGAGCCGGAGUGAUCGUAGCCCGGCUGUGUGCCCUCUCAUUCUGUCGAUGGCUGUUUUGCGUUCCCAUGUCCCGCUCUCAUCUCUUGGUGCUUGUGGCCAAGUCUGUCAUGAUCUGCUGUAUCGCUUGGCUGACUCACAGUUUUACGUGCCUUUCCCCGCGGUUGUUCUGGGACGGGGCGAUCCCACAGGUUUGUCUUCAAACACAGCUCCCUGCCUGGACGUUUGUGCUUUGGCUCACUGGACUGGAUCUCACUAUCCUUUUCUACCUCGCGGUGAAAGUCGCCUUCUUGCGGAUCUAUGGGUACGGGGUGAAACCGUUCUCGAUGGCUGUCGUUAUGGGGAUUAAUGUUGUGUUCGGCGCUGCCCUCGGUCUCCUUCAUGGAACCCUUCUAAGUGACCUCAAGCGCGACUUCGGUCUGAUCACCACGUGGUCCGUUAUGCAUCUCGGCUUCGGGCUCAUCUGCGCCUGCACCCCUGACUGUUACACUGAGGGGGGAAAUGAUACAGAUGGCUGCCUUGGAUGGUGCAGUCGCGGGUCGGAGGAGUCUUACGAUGGAGGGGCAAUUGACUCCGCUAACACGGUCACCGAGGCGCGAGGGAACCCGUAG